AUAUUGAUGCGCAUGCUCCCUCUGAUCAUUACAUAAUUCAACAUGGCGGCCGUAUUUCGUGCAGUUCUACGGUCUAGACUUGUUUUGGUGCGCCGAAAGACAGUUAAACCUUUAUUAGUAGGCGGCUAUCGCUUGUAUUCCGAAAAAAUAAUAGACCCUCCGCAGCUUGGUCCAUCAAUACCUAACUACAAGGUUAGGGAAGAUGAGACAACGGAGAUGAAGCGAGCUCGACUACUCUACCAAAGCAGAAAAAGAGGAAUGCUGGAAAAUGGCUUGUUACUAAGUACAUUUGCUGACAGACAUUUGGAUGAGUUUGACGAUGACAUGCUUCAACAGUACGACUAUCUGAUCAACCAACCGACAAAUGACUGGGACCUGUACUACUGGAUAACUGAGAAUAAACCAACCCCAGAUGAAUACAAUUCACCUGUCAUGGACAUGAUCAAAGACUUUGCUAAAAAUGAGGAUCGAGAUGUUCGUACGAGGCAGCCAGACUUGAAGCAGGAAGAACAAGAAGAAAGAGUGUUAUAGAUUCAAGUGGUGAAAUCAAAGAUGAAAUACCCUGGGAACCAGAGGCUGGAAUCCUCUUUUUGUGCCUCUGGUUUCCAGGGUAAAACUGUAGUAGGAGACUGUCUUUUCCAGACUUUUGAAAAGUUAUACAAUACAAUUAUUUUCUGUCGAGGACGUAAGGAGUGGUCACACAGUCUCCUGAUAAGACCUGCAGCAUUUGUUAGUGUACUGCCUGGUAGCAGCACUGACACUAAAUGAAAACAACAGUAGUACUGCCAAGGUUUUGCAAGUAAAGCUGCUUUAUUAUUUACCUACACCCAUCAACCUUACUGCAAAUUUCAACAUUCUUAUAACUCUGUUCAAUAAUUCCCAACUGAUAAACUGCUUACAUUUGGCUUGUUUUGAUUGGUCAGUGCCUUGUGGAGUGGUGGUGUGAUUGGAAACCAUUUCAGUGCUGGCCUAUAAAAACCCUUUAUAGCCAAAUUUGUUGUUGCACAACCUCCCAGAAUAAAAAUUCCUUUCUUUGUUUGGAAUAGUGCGUAUUCAAUCAAACCAAACAAUAAAAACCAGACAAACCACCCCAAAGCUUGUGUCUGACUACAUGCUAUUCCCAAACGAGACAUGGAUUUUGGAUUCGCUGAGGUCGCGCAACAAAGAAUUUGGCUAUAAGGAUUUUUAAUGACGAAAGCCAGAAAGGGAUUUGGCUAUUGAAAAUUCUUUGCUAGAGUUUUUGAUAUUGAAAACAGCAGUAAUCUGGAAAAAAAAUGUUUGAAAAUAAUUACUUUUGAAUGUUUUGAACUAUAAAGAUAUUACUAGAAGAGGGUGAUUUCCAGUACAUUUGUUUUUACAAAAGCUAAUCAAACCAUACUAUAUUGUAGAUAUUGAAGUAGAGUUGUAUACUAUUGUUUUGUUUAGUACAGUAUUAAACAUUACAAGCUGCAA